AUGAAUUUUAUCAGUCUUGGCGUUCUGCUUAUCAUCGUAAAGCAUAUGAACUCUGUACUAAAAAGACAACUUUAUACGUAUUCAAAACACAUCGAAGGAAGGAAAUCUGAAAUUUACAGUCUAUUUAUGCAUCUCAAACGAGGAGAUCACACGUUGAGGUGUCUAUCACCUCGAUGUUUGUGGUUUUUACGCAGUAAAUCCUUUCCACACGAUAUACAAAGGACGGAGUUAUUACCGAUAGAAUCCUGCACUUCUGAACUUUAUAGUCUAACAAACCGCAACAGCAGUUACAAUCGUAGGACUCCGGCUGAAAUCAAAACUUUUUCUGCUCAGGUAAAGACCGCCACGGUAUAUGCCGGCCACCUCUUCGUGGUGCCGCAGACUAAUAUCCAAUUGGAGAAACCAAGUUCCUGCACAACUUCCCGCUAUUGGCGGAGGCAUAUAGGUUUGGCUACUGGUACUGGUAGGGCAUUCGACAUGGCCUCAUUCGCUAGGACAGCCUCUGAGGAAACACACCGACGGAACACUGUUAACGCCUAUCCGACUUGGAUAACUUUUCCGGAAAAAGGCUUUUAUUUUUAUAUUUUUUAG